GGAGACGCGCGCGCUGUGAGGAGGCUGGGUCAGGAGCGCGCUGCUUGCUCGCUCAUCAGUCAGUCGUCGCGCUCUUCUGUGGAUGCAACUCCGUCCAGGCACCGGCACGCGAACAUCAAAGAAACCCAAACAAUGACAUUAUCUGCAACGACACGACAGAAACACAGCAUUAUCUGACCAACUGAACCGAUCCCGCGCGUCUUUCUGCUCGCUGUUUGCCGCUUUAUUCCAGCCCUGCGCCCAGCGGCUUGUGUAGGACCAUGAUGCUCAGCAGCUCAGUGGAUGUACCCAGCCCAGGCGGGUUGAGCGCGGUGUCGACCCGGAACGUAUUUCGCAGUUCCAGCAUCAGUGGCGCCAUGUACAACCUGGAGAAGAGCCCCAGCAGCACAGGGCCUGAUGCCACAGGCCUGGCUGGAAACAAGAAGCGUCGCUCCAGCCUUGGAGCCAAGAUGGUGGCUAUCGUGGGUCUGUCACAGUGGAGCAAGAGCACACUGCAGCUAAACCAGCAAGAUGGUGGAACAAAGAAGCUACGCAGCACCAUCCGGCGGAGCACAGAGACGGGUAUCGCAGUGGAGAUGAGGAACCGUGUCACACGGCAGGGCAGUAAGGACUCGACAGAUGGCAGCACUAACAGCAACAGCUCUGAUGGCACCUUCAUCUUCCCCACCACUCGCCUCGGCCCUGAGAGCCAGUUCAGUGACUUCCUGGACGGUCUUGGUCCUGCUCAGAUAGUGGGGCGGCAGACAUUAGCCACACCACCAAUGGGUGAUGUUUACAUUGGUGUGGUGGAUAGAGGGGGUCAGUUAGAGGUCGAGAUCACGCAGGCCCGAGGUCUGACCCCUAAACCAGGCUCAAAGAACAUUCAAGCAACAUAUGUAAAGGUUUAUGUCCUGGAGAAUGGAAUGUGUCUCGCUAAGAAGAAAACCAAAGUGGUGAAGAAAACCCUGGAUCCAACCUUCCAGCAAUCCCUGAUGUUUGACGAGAGCCCACAGGGGAAAGUGCUACAGGUGAUCGUGUGGGGCGAUUACGGCCGCAUGGACAGCAAGUGUUUCAUGGGAAUGGCUCAGAUCCUCCUGGAUGAUCUAGACCUGACAUCGAUGGUGGGCGGCUGGUACAAGCUCUUCCCCACCUCCUCUCUGGCAGACCCCAGCAUCGGCCCCCUGACGCGCCAACUCUCCCAGUCCUCUCUCGAGAGCGCCACCAGCCCCUCGUGCACCUAGACACGUCCACACCCCAUUCCAAAUCUCUGUGUGUGUAUGUUUGUUCAAUAUACCCUGCCACGACCCCAAACGCAUGAACACACAAUCUGAUAGAUGCAGCCAACUCGCCCGGGGCUGGAACGCUCCUCUUUACUGAUACAGAUAUUAAGAGUUGGAUACAAAUCAGGCGUGACACAUAUAACACACACAGCCUCACAGAUGGAUAUGGGUGUAACCAGCAACAUGCAGUUGUAGGGUAGUCAAGAAUCAGUCAUGGCUAGUUACAUGCAGAUCCAUUUUCCAGAGGUCAACCAGUAGGGGCAUUUACUGAUAAACCUGCUGAGAAAUGUUCUUGACAAUGUAGCAUUCGUGUUGACGUCACGUCACACAGGAAGCAGAAUGGGUUCUCCAAGACUAGUAGUUUCCAGACCCUCAAGGGUCAGUCAUUUCUCUAUGCCAAACCCAAUCAAAGUUUUAUUUUUUAAAAACCAAAGCAAUUCUUAUUAUCUGUAGUGUUAUGUUAUUGAGUAUGGAUAUGUAGCAGAGUCAGUGACUUAGACGAGAUGCAAAAAACAAAGACAUAUUAGAAAAAAAGGUGCGGUCACAUUAGCGAAAUUUAGCCGAAAUUUCGUUGGCAAAAAAAAUCAUUUUCCAUUGUUUAUAGUGUAGCGAUGUAUGAAGUCACUUUCAAACCAAGCAACUUUUAGUGCAGCGAUUGCACCUGACCAACUUGAAGAUGAACGAAAUCUGCUUUGGGACUUUUAACGCAAAACUCCAAAUCGCAUGGAUUCCUAUAGAAAUGACUGGAAUUCACCUGCAAAAUUUCGCAGCGCAGCAUUAAAUGUGAUCGCACCUCUAGACUACAUACACGAUUAAACUUUCAAAGGGCAGGGCUUUAUUCCACAUGUCAGGUUAUUUAUUAGAAAUGCACACGAUUCCUAUCGCAUAAAGUAGCGUAUUUUUUUUCUUUCCAGAGAAGUGAAUAAUUAAAUAUAUAGAUCGAUAUUUGUGUUCAUGUAUUUAUCGACUGCGUUCUGCACGUUAACUCGCAACCCUUGUUGAGCAAAAUAUAUAAAGUGCUAUUUUAAGCUUGCCUUUAAAAUUACUUCGACUUAUAGAUGGUAGGUUAUUUAUUUUGCUAAUGUUUCAUUCUCACUUUUUGUCUGAACAACACAAUCUGCACCGAGCUGCAGACGUAGUCCGAGGGACUUGAACCCUCCGAAGGAGAACCAACUGUCCUGUUAAACCAGCAACCCUCAUACACAGCUGCAUUGUGGGAUACGCCGAACGGUGUCCGCUGGCAAGCAAGAGAACUUUUCUUGUAGCAAGUACCGAAGAUUUCUGGGAAGUUGGAGCCGCAUUAGACUUUACCGCUUCAAGUAGUUUUGGGUUUCUUUCUACCAGCAUUUGGAACUGUUAAAGGCCUUUCCCAUUUCCUGUUACUCUCAGGAGGUCACGCUGAACAAAACACACACACACACACACACACACACACACAACAAUAUGAGGACUGGUGAUGGGUUCGCUCUCUCAACAGGAUCUUGAAGUCCAGAACAAAUUAUAUUCUGUAAACUCCUGAACACUUUUGUUUUAUUUAGUUUUUUUGUCUUUGAAUUUUGCCAUUGUGACUACUUCUGUCCAAUCAGCAGUCUUCUUUAGCUUCGUCUCUGAAGCUGAGUGGCUCUAGAUGGUUUCUUCAUCCAAUCUUUGGUGUUAUGGAGACUUGUGGAUGGAAAGCAGCACUGUAGGUAAAAAUCUAAGUAUUCAUCCCACUCCUGUCAGCCUCCUAGAUUUGUUUUCAUAGCUCCUCUGAAUAUAUCAGAAGGUACCGUACACAUCACAAUAUCUCUGUACCAGUUCAUCAUUUUAUUCAUGUCAAAUUAGUCUGCAGAGGUGAUGGCAACACAUAUAAUAUGAUUCAUAUGUGACAGUAUCAGUAAAAACCAGAACAUUAUUAAUUUCUAAAUCCUUUCCAAAUCAUUAAAGACAUUAGUAUAAUUCAGUCUGUUCAAACUUUCUUUGAUGGAAGCGCACAAUCUCUAAAUAUUGUUUGAUUCUCUGGUUUGCAUCAUGAUUGUGUAGAUAGAUCUACUUUUAAGGGCAGAUUAUGAGAUGAUCAGCAAAACGUUUCAUCUGAUUUAUCAUUUUGUAUCACAUCAAUGUUUGAAGUAUUUUAUUAAUGUGUUUUUUACAUGCAUUUUUUUUCUAUCUGCCAAUCUCAACGCUGCUCUAAUUAAGAUGUACAUGCAGCACAAAAUCUGACCAUUUUUCUGGUUGUUCAGGAAAGUGUGCCUCACAUUCCAUACUUUCAAAAUAUCAUUUUUUUUCUUUAUUGUUUUAAUUAUCCUAGCCCAUUCCAUCAGUGCACUUUAAAUGCACACGUUUCAAUGCAUUUGGUAAGAUGUUGAUACUAUAAAACACUUAAAUAUCGCAAUGAAUGGUCAUGUUUGCAUACAGAGAUUUAUCUUUAAAUCCUGAGAAAAAUAUGGUCAUUGUUUGUCUUUAUUUAAAAUCUUUUCCCUGUUCAUGUAAUUGUUUUUGCUUCACAAAGAAUCUUUAAAGAUAUUUGAAAGUUUUAUUUUGUGCAUAAUUACAAAAACUGCUGAAUCAGAAGACAUGUCAUGCACAUUAAAUAUAUUUGCAUUUUAAUUGUUUCUGAAAAGGCCAGAAGUAUAAAUUGGACCAAAAAAUGGGACUUUACACUUUCUUAUUUUCAUCUGAAAUGGUAAAUUAUUGUAUUUCACCCAUGCCAAUCAUCACAGAUUUGACAUAUUUAGAAUAUUUUACUUUCCAGCCCAUCAAAAUGAGUCUCUUUCACAUCUAUUUCACUAUCCUUCACAUACACGUCUUGCUUCUUUUUUAUUUGCACAAGUUUGAUUGUGUUGCACCUUUCUCUUUUCCACUAACAGACAAAUGUCUGUACAUUAAAUUAGGAACAAAAAAUGAUUUCUUAAUUCUAAUUUAAGAUGGAAUUGUAUUACUGUACUGAAAACAAAUUGUAUUUGCAGCUGAAUGUUUGUCCUUAGUAAACACAUAUAAAAUGACUAUUGAUAUUUUUUCUAUGUGAUUUUACGUACUUGGGAAUUUGGGAUAAUAUAAGUGUCCCUUUACUGUACAGUGAAGUGGUUACAAAAUCUAACUGGUCUUGCAUUUUUGCAAAAUGAAAAGUUUGAGUCUGAAUGCAUGAAUAUUAGUACUGUACUGCUCUAUUUUUUCAGGUGUAGUGGAUGGAUGUAGUCUGUUGCAGUCCAUAGCUAAACCAAAUGCAACACUGACAUAAAAAAAAUAAAAAUAAAAAUCUAGAUUUGCCGCUUCCAGA